AUGGCGUCUAAUAUCCUCCAACUCCCGUUCCGGCGCUCCCAUCCCGUCUCGCUUUCCGAAGCGAUCACCCAGUACAUCUCCUCCAAAUAUGAUCAGCGCCCAGAUAUGUUUGCGGAAGAUCUUAUGAUCAUUGAUCGCCUACGAUCCGAGGCUGUCAAUGUUCAGGAACCCCAUUUCAGUGGUAUCAGUUGCCUGGUCACAUACGCGGCUCAGUUGAAAUGGAUGAGCGGAAAGUUCCCAAUUGAUGUCGGAGUGGACUUUUCGUGGUAUCCGGCGUUUGGUUUCAAUGCUUCGCGGCCAGUCUCACAAAAUAAUUUGCGCUUUGAAUUAGCGAAUGUCCUCUUCAAUCUCGCCGCAUUAUACUCCCAGCUUGCAUACGCGACCAACCGAACUACCGCAGAUGGACUGAAGCAGGCGUGCAAUUACCUCUGCUCCGCUGCUGGAGUAUUGAGCCAUCUCCGAACAGAUAUCAUUCCAGACCUUCGCACGUCGCCACCAGAGGACAUGGACGAAAUGACCCUGCAGAGUUUGGAGCUUCUUUUGCUCGGACAGGGCCAAGAAUGCUUCUGGCAGAAAGCUGUUAAAGAUGGACUGAAAGAUGUAUCUAUUGCAAAACUGGCUGCUAAGGUGUCCGACUUCUAUGGCGAUGCAGGUGACUUGGCUGUUAAAUCUAAUGCAAUCGGCACCGACUGGAUCCACCAUAUGACUGCAAAGCAUCACCACUUUGCCGCUGCUGCUCAGUUUCGACAGGCCCUUGACUGCCUAGAGAAGCGCAAAUAUGGGGAGGAGGUUGCCCGGCUACGAGAUUCUUUGCUCUGUGUCAACGAAGGGUUGAAAGAGCAGCGUUGGAUCAAUCGGACUGUACUUGGUGACUUGACUGGGUUGAAGGGCCGUGUCGGGGAAGACCUCAAGCGCGCCGAGAAGGAUAAUGAUAUUAUUUACAUCAAUCCCGUGCCGCCCAAGUCUGAGCUCAAGACUAUCGAGCGUGUCAGCAUGGUCCUUGCGAAAGCACCUUCGCAGGUUACUGAUGCGAUCUCCAUGCUUGGCGAUAAUGGACCGUUGGGCCAGCCAUUGUUCUCAAAGUUGGUCCCAUAUGCAGUUCACAUUGCCGCCAGUAUUUACACUGAUCGUCGAGACCGACUGGUCAAUGAUACUCUCAUUGGAGAGCUAGAGUCAAUGACCGACAAGUUGCGAGACUUGCUUUCAUCGCUCAAUUUGCCAGGGUCAUUACAAGCGCUCGAGAAACCAUUAGGUCUCCCACCAAUGCUUGUGUCGCACGCAGAGGAAAUGCGUCAACAAGACGGCCUCAAUCGCUUGCACCGGUCUAUUGAUGACACCGCCAGAGUGAAAGGCAAUGAUCUGACUGUUUAUAAUGAAGGUGUUGAGCUUCUAGCAGCCGAGAAGGACGAAGACCUAGCAGCUCGGCAUAAGUACGGCACUGAUCGCUGGACCCGCCCGACCUCAGAAACCGCCGCACCUAAGCUCUACAAGAGCUUGACCGAAAUAGAGGGAUAUUUCACCUCCGCCCAAGGCAGUGAUGACCUCGUCCAGCGCAAACUGCGAGAUUCACGUUCUGUCUUCAUGGUUCUCACUGGCACAAAUCGGGACUUGGAAUCCUUUGUACCUAGUAGCCGGAGGGUCGUGAUUCCACCCGAGGUUGAGCGCGAGGCUAACCGUUUGCGCGGUUGUUUGAGCGAGGUCACUCGAAUGGAAAAUCGGCGGAAGCGGCGAAUUCAAUCGUUGAAGGAAAAAGCUCGUGCGGAUGAUAUUCACCCGGCACUUUUAGCACAGACAGCUCGACUGGAGCGAGAAUUCCCCAUGCAGCCUAUCCAGGCAAGCCAGUUUGAGGAUUUGUUUGAGAAGCAGCUGAAGCUGUAUGAUUCAGACCGUGAAACUCUGGCCCAGGAGCGGAGAGAGCAAGAUCAUCUUUCCGACCAGGUCCGAGAAGCCAACCGGGCAUUUACUGGGUCUCACAAGGGCGAUGCAUCGACGAAGGAACGAGAAGCGGCCCUUCAGGAUCUGGAAAAUGGAUACCUGAAGUAUAAGGAGAUCAUUUCCAACCUUGAUGUUGGGCGCAAGUUCUACAAUGACCUUGCAAAGAUUGUAGCCCGGUUCCGCGACGACGCAAAGGCUUUUGUCCACCAGCGUCGCAUGGAGGCAAGCCAGCUGGAAGCAGAUAUCUUCAAUGCCACAGCGAUGGCCUCACUGCGUAUCUCUCAGCCACACCUGCGCCAACAACCCGAGGAACCACCUCGAAGCCAUCACUCUUCUGCCUACUCACCUGUGCAGCCCGACCAAGCGCCAUCACAGCCACCCCCACCCACCGUACGGCCAGCUGAGGCGGAAGUUCCUCUCACAGCGCCCCAAGCGAUGCGCGCACCUGUAGCCCCACCCUCUGUUCCUACUCCGAGCAUGCCUGGGGGUAUGCCGGGUAUGUGGGCCCCAGAAAUGGGGAUUCGAUUCGGAUCCGCUGCUGCCCCUCCGAAUGCUGCGCCCAGCACAGGAGCUAGACCCGCCCCGAGCCAGCCUGCCCGUGCCCCUCAACCAGGGACUUGGGAUCCCAGCCAGGGACUGCGCUUCUCUUGA